AUGGUCGACCAAAGCGAUCCCGCCCCUGUGCAGCCUCCUGAAAUCAUGAAUUCAUCACCAUCGGACCCUAACAAGCCAGACAGCCUGUCAAGCCGUCCAGCAAUUACGAACCAAGAAGAACUGCAUCCGAACCCGAAUCGGAGCUUUUUAUUGGCGGACGUAACCCCAAGCGAAGCCGCAUCUUCCUCUACCAAUAUUGACCGCUUUGGAAUUUCGGAAGGCCCUGUUUCGACAUUUGUACCUCAAGACUCGACUGGCUAUACACCAGAAUAUAACCCAGAUGAAUGCCAGGAUGACUUACAGUCAUUGUCUCAUUCUACUGUUUCCUUUGCAUAUGUGCCAGGCACUACGGAACCCCAGAAUCGUAGCGUUUUGCCAGAUCAGAUUUCUACUUCUGGGCAAGCACUGCUGGAUCUACCUCAUCCCCCUCCUGUCAUCGAAAAUCUGGCUGCCGGGGUUACUCUUCCCUCAUCUAGCGAUGGCAACGCCGCAGAUCAACUCAAUCUCAGCUCACAUAAUGGAUCAGCGACUUUCGUCAUGACAGCAACUGGUACUGUCGUAUCCCCUUCUCUCCCUAAUUCCACAAGUGGCUCUGGCCCAAAUCACCCACAAACUUUGACCCAAAAUCCAGGAAGCAUGGAUGAUGACGAAGACAUGGAGCUCGGUGAUGGCGAACAGGACGACUACGAUGAUGAAGACUAUGACGAUGGUGAUGACGAUGCUGAUGACGACGAAAUCCCGGUUCUCCCAGAUAAUCUGAUUGAAGAUUCUGAGCUAUCCGGCUUUUCUUAUGACAGAUUGCACGGUCAACCUCCAACUUUUUUCGAUGGCGAGAGAAGUGUUUGCGAUGAGUCUCUCUCAGAUACGAAUGACACUGAAAAGUUUUACAUCACUGAUGAUGAGUUGUCCUGGUGUGAUCCCACUGAAUAUUAUCCACCAAGUUUCACUAUUGAUAACAAUUUCCACGGCAGCUGGCCUCAACAAAGCCAAGUGCAAAACCCCACCAUUGGCGCUCGUCCUCAACCCCUUUCUGGUACGAGCCUUGAAAAUAUUAUUGGCCAAAACGUUGCAUUCAGUAAUGCUGCGGACGAUGACGAUAACUUCGACACAGGCAUGUCUACGCAGACGGAAAGUAUGGAGUCUCAUUUCAUAAGCCCACUUUCUACGUUGUUUCUCCCAUUCAACAUUUGGACCCUUGGAAAGGCCCAGCACAUCAUCCAUCGUGCAUUUAAUAAUAUGAAUUCCCCUGAAUAUUCAUCUGGCCUUUGCACACGAGAUCCAUUACCCAACGCUGACAGCUUCAUAUUGCAAACCAUUUCAUACUAUAUUUUCAAAUUUUCCAUUUUUGCAAGCCCAUCAAGAGGCUUUUUCAUACUUAGCGGUGCCCAUCGUGCCCUUUUCGUUAAUGAAACCUCCAUCACUUUCCUUACUGGCCUUGACGUGACAGAUAAGUUUAUGAAGUCUCACGAACAUACACAAGAUUCCCCGCAUUUUUAUUUCUGUAGAGAACUUCCCUGGCCCAGGAUUCCAGCCUCCCUUUCAGACAUCUCUUCAGUCAGCCCACUCAGUCCGGGAAAUGUUACAGCUAGGCCCCCAGCAUCUCGCCCCAUAGAGCUUUUGACUGAGGCUCAGUAUGAUGACAUACACAAGACUUCUGAAGAGUCAAUCUACUAUGUCCCCCCUUCAUUGAUCUUGAAAUAUUUCAAUGCCCACGUUGCAAGCGCACUUCUUGCGAUCCCAAUUGCCCCACGCAAAGGUCUUACUUACAGUAUUGCUGACGGUCUUGAAUUUCCAGCAUUCGAAAGGAAUCUUACGGUCGACAUGUUCAUUAAGCAGUGGCUGGUUCGAUCCAAAAUCCCCCCAGAACAGCUUCCAGCGAAGGAGCGGCCUCAUAUCCCCAUAUCGGACGCAGCAGCAGAUGUUUCGUAUUGGCCACGGCCGCAGAAGAUAUCGCGCCCGGAUGACCACCAGUUCCAGUCCUACGAUAUCCAGAAAAUCCCUUGGUGGAAGAAGAUGAAUGUCCGGAGGUCGGAUGCUAGGAUGCUGCGCGAUUCUUGGUACAAAUGUUACCAUAAUCUGAUGUUUAAUCCACAUGGGUAUUCGAAGCGGUUGCCACACGCAGAGGAAUAUUUUAAGGCAAAGACAAUGUAUACCAAGUACAAGGCGUCAAUGUCGCAUUUCCAGUUGCGCAAUCUUAUGUCCGUGACAUCGUCGAAUACCGUGCAGUAUGCUCACGAAUCGAAGGUCUAUUCCGUAACCCCUUUCCAUAACCAGAAGAGCGUCCUGAUCGACCUCUCCAAUCACUUGAAGUUGGCCGUGUUCGUGGAUCGUGUCAAAAUUUCAACAAUGAAAGCUAAGCACGGCGUGACGCUUGUUGGCGGAUUUUCCGGGGAAUAUGCUAUGAGAGGCCUUGUGACGGACAAUACUGUGGUAAAUGGCUAUGUGACUAAAGAUCCAAACGGGAUAACAAACCACAUCGAUAUCAUCAAGAACCGGACAAGCCGUAGUCCUCAGGCAAUCAUUUCGUCCAACGAUCUUUACAUUCGAGUCCUUGAUUGUGAGACCAACAAAUUUGUUCAACGCCAGAAGUUUGCGCGUGCCAUUAAUUGUACCGACACCUCACAGGAUGGUCGACUCCGUGUGAUAGUUGGAGAUGCUAAAGAGGCGUGGAUAGUCGAUAGUGACACUGGGAAGCCACUACAGCAACUGGCUGGCCAUCAAGACUUUGGGUUCGCUUGUGUGUGGUCACCAGAUAUGCUUCACGUUGCAACAAGCAAUCAGGACGGAAUUGUUAACAUCUGGGACGCUCGUAUGUGGCGAAUACUCCAAUUCAUCGAGUCCGACGUCGCAGGUUACCGAUCUUUGCGAUAUUCCCCUGUUGGGGGAGGUCCGCGUACGCUUCUCAUGUGCGAGCCUGCCGAUCGCAUCUCAAUAGUCAACGCGCAGACGUACCAGACGCGUCAAGUGCAUGAUUUCUUUGGCGAAAUUGGAGGAGCUGAUUACACUCCCGAUGGCGGCCGCAUCUGGGUUGCUAAUAUGGAUCAAGCGUUUGGCGGAUUGAUGGAGUUCGAUCGGUGUCAGUGGGGUCAGGAGUUCGGUAUGGCGCGCACGAGGAGACGACAUAUUGAAGAGCGUCUUGAUACUUAUUACCCCGACCUGCCUAACGAGUGGCUUCCAGAAGCGGAUCUGGAUGACGAUGAGAGAUGCGUGCUUGGGAGUGGGGAGAGGAAUAUGCGGUUUCGACGGUUGAUGGGGAAUAGAGAGCAUGCGGAGUUUCUUCGCUAG